UCUCUCCUCCUCGCGCUCCGGAGUACGUACACGAGAAGUAUGCUCCCCCAGCUCCUGCCUUGGCUACUGUCUAAAAUGAGCCUGUUCCACGACAUCAAGCUCAAGCGACGCAAAGUAGACUCACGCGGCAGCAGUGACGGCGAGAACAAUGGUGACCUCAAUACAUCAUCCCCGGAGACACCCGAAGUCACACCGACGGCUCCGAACCACGUCACCGAUUCUCCGCCUGCAGCCCCAGUCACCCAACCGCCCCAACAACGAGACUCCGAUGAAGAACGAUCCCCGAGAACUAAAAGUGACGUGUUUGACGGUGGGGGUGGGGAUGCACCGACACUCGACCUGUCCUGGACCCCGGACUCGAGUGCGUUCAACCGUCCUGCUGCCACCUCAGACCCUAAGGGUGAUGAAGAGAGUAUCUCGGCCCUUCGACGGAUGUCGCAGUAUAGGUUGUCGGCGACGGCCGCGACCGCCACGUCGCCCGCCACGUGGGGAUCUGGGGACAGUCCGCAACCACCUCAAGGUUACGGCUAUCCCGGGUCUCGUCCGCCUGUCUACUACCGGCGGUCUUCUUCCGGGACUGGCGAGGAGCCGUACGCGGCAGACGUGGGAGGCGGUGACGCGGUGCCGGACUCACAAGCCCUUAACCUGUGUUUGGGGGGUAUGGCCCCGUCGACGUCCAGAGCGGGCGAGGAGGACGAAGACGACCAGCCCAUGGUGUGCAUGAUCUGUGAAGACAAGGCCACGGGUCUCCACUACGGCAUCAUCACGUGCGAAGGGUGUAAAGGGUUUUUCAAGCGGACUGUGCAGAACAAGAGGGUGUACACGUGUGUGGCGGAGGGAAACUGCGAGAUCACCAAGGCUCAGAGGAAUCGGUGCCAGUACUGCAGGUUCCAGAAGUGUCUUCGACAGGGCAUGGUACUCGCAGCUGUGCGGGAGGACAGGAUGCCUGGAGGGAGGAAUUCUGGCGCUGUGUACAAUCUGUACAAGGUGAAAUACAAGAAGCACAAGAAAGGCACCAAGAAUGGUCAACUCCUAGUGCGACCGGAAGCAGCUGUUGUAAAGGGUCCUGGUCCCACACCCAUGGUACCAGUGUCCAAGACUUCCCCAGACCCCACCUCCAAGGGAAGCCCACCCACAUUACAUACGAAGAACUUGAUGUCGUUACCCAUCAAUCCCACAACAAUAGCAACAACAACCAACGGGGGACAGUCCUCGACCACCAGAUACCAGACGAGUAGUAGUGGAGGUGAAUGGUCCAACGGCGGAAUCUUAAAGACUGCCCUGACAAGUCCCUCGGAGGUGAUGCACCUGCGUCAGCGGUUAGAGCAGCAGCAUUGCGUCACCACGACUCGAAGCAGCGGGCCACCCACAACCGGGUCGGGUAACGGAACCGGUGGCCAGGUAGUGCAUCAACCGGCUGUGAUACAAGGGAGUGACCCCCGGUCGCUUAGCCGUGAACAGGCGGCAGCGCUCAUCGGGCAGCUUAUCGAUUGCGACGACUUCGAAGACGUGGCAACCCUUAAUAACAUGCGUGACCUCCUAGACGACCGUGCGGAUCUCUCUGAAAAGCUCUGCCAGAUUGGAGACUCGAUAGUCUUUAAGCUCGUCCAGUGGACAAAGCGCCUCCCUUUCUACGCCGAGAUACCUCUCGCGGUACACACGCAGCUCCUGACGCACAAGUGGCACGAGCUCUUAGUGCUGACCACGGCCGCGUACCAAGCCAUCCAGUUGUCCCGGGUACCCGGUGAUCGUGGCACGGGGCAACAAACCUCUGCGUCCUCAACUGGCUCCGGUUCCAGUCCUGGCGGUUCCUCGGUUGGUCGAACGUCGCCUCAAGAGACAGGCUCCGCCCGGUCGGAGACGACUGCGGCGCUCUGCGGUCUGCAAAGGAGUCUAAUGGCACUUAUGGGUCGACCUAUAACGCUAGACCAGCUGCACAGCGAAGCGGGGCCACUCGUCGACCAACUAACUUCUCUGGCAUCGGGACUUCGUCGCGUAGGUUUAUGCCUCGAAGAAUACGUCUGCUUGAAGGUGGUCAUCAUGCUUAGUCACGACGACCCCAGUCAGCGAGAGUUGGAAGCGAUCCAGGAACGCUACCUGACAGCGCUACGAGUGUUUACCGAACAUCGGUUUCCCGGUCAGAACUCUCGGUUCGGUGACUUGUUGGCUCGCUUACCUGACGUGCAGGCGGCUGCCGAGCUGCUCAUGCACAGCAAGAUGUUCUACGUGCCCUUCCUCCUGAACUCACCCAUUGCCAGAUAGUCCCACUACAGCUGUCCUUCUUGUGAUAUAUCACUGCAUCGCUGGUCUUCAGCUGAAAAAACCAUCGGCACCACACAGAGGGUGAUCGACUGUCGUCUGCCCAGACAACCUCGCAGAAGCGCUUGUGCCGAUGUGUCUCACCAACUGAACACCAGAAGUCGACGAUAGGUUGAACACGAACAGAGCGCCGUGCUGGUUUCCAAGCCAUUUUUUUUUUUUAUGGUCAUCGAUGCGCAGCUUUUGUUUUUAGCGGUUCCCACGAUCGUUUUAUGCCCUAGUCAAACUCUUCUCUCGUAUAGUGUCCCUGCACGCCGUCUUCUCGCUACGUAUGGUGCACGCAGCACAUCUGAAGAACAGUUCAGUUGGGCCAGGUACAGGGCCCUCUGUGGGAAAGGGCAUGUUCACCAGCCACACGUGGUUCGUUGGUGAAGUCGCGCCCACAUAACAUGAAUCAUGCACAUAACGCAAACACUACAGUUGUUGGCAAGUUUAGGUAUUGCACCUUAUCUGUAAAUUCACGCAAAAUUAUCAGCAUGGUGUCAUCAAACCCAUCUACUUCAUGCUAAAGUGGCUGCCUUCCCCCCAUUUUGUUAGAGAGAUACUUCUGACAAAAUAUAUAUUUUUUUUAAUAGUAUUCUUUCCAAAAGUAAGUUUCUGUAGAGUCACUGCAGUGCGCACAUAAUUCUAAAUUAAGGUGUUGCUUUAGCACUCACGUGUAAACUGACAUAUAACCAAAGAGAUGCAUCAACCUUCAGAAAUUACUUUUCAAAGGCAAAUGUGUUUGUGUCUAAGCAAAUGCAAAAUCUCAACACAAAAAACGUAUGCACAAUGCAUAAUGCAAGAACCUUGCUUCCAGGGACGUUAGAAGCUUCCAGAACCCAGCGGGCAAGAGGACUGUUUCGUAUGGCACCAUAACAGCGUAGCGUAAGACACUGACUAUAAUGUGCGUUGCGCCUGCACAAAAACAUGGAGCAUCGUCUCUCAAGCAACUUUGAAUUCUCUUCCAAUCUUAGGAUUGUAUCAUUCAAUCAUGGGCUUUAGACAUACCUGUUUUUCGUUUGUGGUGCAGAAGUGGAAAAAAAUGCAAUAUGCUGUUCUGUCACCAGAGUCAGAAAGAACACGCUCGGGACUGUCCUAUGUUCGGUCCUUGUACAACAACAACAUAAACAAACAAUAUAAGCAAGAGAAAGAAGUAACACUAAAGUUACUGGAGAACUGUAACUUAAAGUUACAAGGAAAGUGGAAAGGAGGAAGGGGGUCACGGACAUAAGCGUGUACCAGAGUACGA